AUAGAACAAGACGCACGCUUUAAAUUAAAACAGCAAGUUGGUCAGACUUCAAGGGCCAGCACUGACACGCUGUGCGCGCGGGUCUCGCGGCCGUCAGUGAUGUGGGUUGGUCACAGUUCAGAGGACACUUUAGCGGCAACGCGAGGCCCGUGGACAUCUUAAAGGGGGAAGAUCAGUCUUCUCGUUAGUUCUAGGUUUCUCCCCAAGUGAUGGCGCGCAUCAAUAGAUUCACCUGGAGAUAUAUGCCAAAGAUCGUACUUGAAGGUAUGUCAUCACACCAACAAAAAAAAAAAAAUGUAUGUCAUUUUACCAGAAGCAUUGCAUUCGAGCCAGAGGGUAGGUCAUUUCACCAGUGAGUAGGUCUUUUCACCAGUGCGUAGGUCGUUCUGAAACAUUAAACUUUUAAAGGUGUUCAUUUAAAAACAAACGGUUUUUCUAAAAAACGCGUGGGGCAACAUAGGUGGUAACGGAUUUGGGGGGGGGGGGCGCGGGCACGAGGGACGACAAAGCUGGUAGAUGACUGGGGCAACAUAGGUGGUAGAUGACUGGGGCAACAUAGGUGGUAGAUGACUGGGGCAACAUAGGUGGUAGAUGACUGGGUCAACAUAGGUGGUAGAAGAUUGGGGCAACACCGCUGGUAGAAGAGUGGGGCAGCAUAGCUUUAGAAGAAUGGAGCAACAUAGUUGUAGAAGAGAAGGGUAACAUACAUGGUUGAAGAGCGGGACAUACAUUUUAAUAAAUAGAUACAUUUAAAAAAAAAAUUAUUUUAUACAAUUUUUUCCAAACCAAACCCUUUCUCGCACACGAUGGGCACACCCCAGAAUGUCGCUGCACACGCGUGCAAUUUACUCUGUAACAUAUGAUUGGGAAAUUGCACGAUAAUAUCCCUUCUGCCCAUGGGCGUCCGCAGGGGGGGGGCAAGGGGGGCACUUGCCCCCCACCCCCUGGAUUGAUUGGAUAACAUUUUUUUAGACAAAAAUAGAGAAAAAAUGUAUUAAAGUAAAGAGAAAAUAAAGAGAAAGUAACUAAGCUGAUGUCCUGUCCGUUCGUUCACCAUACAAAUACGCUACAAUAAAUUAAAACUACAUUAAAACAUUACUAAAAAAUGUUUGCCCCCCCUCCCCCCCCUAGAAAGUUUUCUGCGGGCGCCCAUGCUUUUGCCCCUUUCCUUCUAUCUGUAAGGCUGCAAUAAGUCAAUGAUCGCCCCUUGUGCAUUUUAAUGUAUUAAACGUUUUUGUUGUUGUUGUUGUUGUUCUGUCUUGAGAAAAUGUUGUUCUUGUUUUGGAGGAGGUCUUUUCAAAAUGAUUUUGAAUAUUUAUUUUUUUUGUUUUUUUUUUUGGGGGGGGGGGGGGGGGGUUUUUUUUUUUUUUUUUUUUUUUUUUUUUUUUUUUUUGUAAUAAAACUUUUAUUUAAAGGAUAACAAAAUGUUUAAUGUUCUUUUUUUUUUUUUUUUUAGCUUUAUCUAGCGGUUAAAAUUUUGUUUUCAUGAACAAUUUGUAAAUGUGUUGGCGAUGGUUGGAAAUCUGUACAUCAAUAGCAUUGUGGCCAAGUUGGCUAAAUAAGACAGUACAUGUUAGCCUCAGGUUGCUUUAGACGCUUAAGCAUAGUGGGUGGAAAGAAAGAAAGAAAGAAAGAAAGAAAGAAAGAAAGAAAGAAAGAAAGAAAGAAAGAAAGAAAGAAAGAACGAAAGAAAGAAAGAAAAAAAGAAAGAAAGAAAGAAAGAAAGAAUAGAAAGAAAGAAAGAAAGAAAGAAAGAACGAAAGAAAGAAAGAAAAAAAGAAAGAAAGAAAGAAAGAAAGAAAGAAAGAAUAGAAAGAAAGAAAGAAAGAAAGAAAGAAAGAACGAAAGAAAGAAAGAAAAAAAGAAAGAAAGAAAGAAAGAAAGAAAGAAUAGAAAGAAAGAAAGAAAGAAAGAAAGAAAGAAAGAACGAAAGAAAGAAAGAAAAAAAGAAAGAAAGAAAGAAAGAAAGAAAGAAUAGAAAGAAAGAAAGAAAGAAAGAAAGAAAGAAAGAACGAAAGAAAUUUUCUAGUUUCUCUGAUCUUUGCACUGCUCAGUUUCAGGCGGGUGUCCAUCUGUGAAUGUGACGUGCUGGAGACACCAGCACACCCAACAGAAGAGCUCCUCCUCAGCGGAGUUCAGCGAGCCGAAGAUCGUCACACAAGUGCCCGGGCCGAAGACGAAAGAGCUCUCCAAACGUCUCGGCCAAUAUCAGGUUUGUGAUGGGCUGGAGAUUUUGCAAUGUGAGAUUUAAAUAUAGUUGGCUUGUGAUUGCAUGGCUGAUUUUUUAAUUUUUUUUUUACUUUGAGUUAUCUAGUUAUAAGCUUAUGAUGUUUUCUUUUUUUAAAACUAAAAAUGAAUGAAACGUGAGAAUGUUGCAAAUGUUUUUUUUUAACACUAAAUUGACCAGCAUCAGUGAAAAGAAAACACUACAAAAAACAUAAUUAGAAGUACUAGGAAUAGUGAGAUCCAUCUCCUGACUGUGUUGAAACAGCCCCAACCCCCCCCCCCCCCACACACACACAGACACACACUUCCCGAUUUUUUUAGCCGGCUUCUUUAUAACGCAUAUUUAUUUUCUAUAUUCAUAUUGAUCGUCCACGCUGUAGACCAGUUUGAAUCCUCAAAGAUGUGUCCACGGCGGCCAUGAUGUUACACGUCAACAAGGUCUAAAACAAAAAUGGCGGACAAUGUAUCAGAGAAAAUGUCACGAAUCACUUAAAUUCUACUAACGUUCUUGUAAAAUUCUGUAUCUAACGUCAUUGUCACGUGACCGUUUCUCUCUCUCUCCCCCCCCCCAUACAGAACAUUGAUGCCGUCCACUUCUUUGUGGACUAUGAACGAUCUCGUGGUAACUAUGUUGUGGACGUGGAUGGGAACAUUCUGCUGGACAUGUUCACACAGAUAGCCUCAAUACCCCUAGGUAAUGUUGACAGACUCAAUACCCCUAGGUAAUAUUGACAGACUCAAUACCCCUAGGUAAUGUUGACAGACUCAAUACCCCCAGGUAAUGUUGACAGACUCACUACCUAUAGGUCAUGUUGACAGACUCACUACCUCCAGGUCAUGUUGACAGACUCACUACCUCUAGGUCAUGUUGACAGACUCACUACCUCUAGGUCAUGUUGACAGACUCACUACCUCCAGGUCAUGUUGACAGACUCACUACCUCUACGUCAUGUUGACAGACUCACUGACCCUAGGUAAUGUUGACAGACUCACUAUCCCUUGGUAAUGUUGACCACGGGCGAGGCAAUGAUUUUCCCAAGAUCAAGAAUGAAAGGGGGGUUGAAUGAAAUAACUAUCCACUACGUAACAAGGUCACUAACGCCACCAGGUGGCGUUGAUUUCCCUAAACAUAAUUCCUGCUAACUGCGCUAAAUGACAUUCUGAAAAAUAUCUUCUAUUUUUAAAAAAAAAAUUAUAAUUUUUGUUUUAAUUCUUAAAAAUAUCGCAUGCGCGUUUGAUGCGUGAUAUUUUCUGUCGUUUUACGGUAAUAGAAUCACGUGACCUCUAGUGCUGUAAAUCUGUGGCGUAACGAAGUGUGGGAUCAGGGGGCGGGGGCGCACCGGGGGGGGGCAUAAUUGGGGACUUCGUAACGUGCAUUACUUCAAUUCCCGUUUUGUCCAGCAACUGUCGCAGAUGGGGAAAUUGGUUUGGUGGGCUUUAGCUGGCAUGCGUAAGAAAUACCACUGGGGUGGAGGGGUAUGUAGAUCUGGAGUCAUUUUAUUGGCACCCUUUCGUAAUUUAAAAUAUCGCGCCCUUCUUUUUUUUUUCUCCCCCCCCCUUCCCCCUCCCCUCCCUGGGAUUGUGGGUUGAGGGCCAUUAAUUAAUAGAUGACAUCAUUCAAAAACUUACUUUACUAUACACAUUAUUCCAUAAUCAUCUAUUUCAUUUAAAGCCCAUCAUGUCAGUGAUUGUCUUACUCCGAUUCUCUUUUCGUCAGGCUACAACCAUCCCAGGUUAAUCGCUGCAAUGUCAGAUCCCAAAAAUUUGGUGAGUCACGUCCCCUUGUUCAAUCUUCAAACUAGCAGCACGCACAUUAUGUCAUGUCUUCUUCUUCUAUAUCUUAAGGGCCCACGAUCAAUUUAUUGAUCAUUUUGGCUCCUAUGCAUGUAGAUGGGAUUUGCAAUGUUUCUGUUCCUGGUGUUGAUGAGGAAAUCAUGCACAAUGGGUUUGAAGGCUGGAGGCAAUAGACACAAAUGUGUCUAGUGUUUUCGCCCCAACCGUUCCUUUUGAAAGAUUGUUCCAGUCCCUGAUUGUCUUGGGCAGGAAUGAGCAGCUCCUAUACUGGCUUCUUGCUGGUAGGAGCCUGAAUUGCCUGUCAUGGCCUUACUUUUGGGUUAUGACAUAAUUUCAUGGGCUGAUUAAGGCCCCUGGGGGGGGGGGUCAGACUUGUCGAAUACGUCACUUUAGAAUUCUACUAUAAUUAUUUUUAUUUAUUGGUUAUUAGGUUUUAUGUUAUUAUAUUUUUUGAAUAUAUGUGCGUGUGUGUGGUGGGUUGGGGGGGGGGUGGGGGGAGUGGGGGUCACCCGACCGUCCACAAGAGACGAAUGUUUUAAACUGCAAGUUACAGAACUGUGAGGACCGGGGCAAGGUGGGUUUUUUUUAUGGAGAAUCAGCGAUUUCCCAUUCAGCCGAUACCACCCCACCCAACAACUUUUUUUUCUUUUCUUUUUUUUUUUACUUCCGCGCAGCUGAUGAAUGCAAGGGAAUGUAUAAGAUUAAUUAAAAUCCUUCUCUUCUGUCGACUCUUCUCGUCUAAAGCUUUUAAUGACAUGCCUUUGUGAUGAACCAUAUUGAUUAUAUCUAUAGUCAUAAAACAAUUCACGAGCCAACAUUUUAAUCACAAAACAACCACAUAGAAUAGUUACUAUUACCAUCCAACGAAGCGACUCCCAAUGCGCCCCCUCCCCACUAGGAUCACUUUAGAGGUGCCCAAAAAAAAAAUACGAGUGAGACGUCACCGUUACAUUUCUAUCUCAUGUUAAGAGAGGAACGCGCCCAACGACCAGAGAAGAGAGAAUUUAACUCUUCUAGCAUGGUUAACACGUCAGACAUUUCACGCUCAAACUUUUAAAGAUUUACACCAGUGACACCCCCCCCCCCCCCGGUGCCGAUGGCGCUCACCACUCUUGUUGCCAUUUUUUGUUUUUGCGUCAGAGAAGAGAGAAUUUAACUCUUCUAGCAUGGUUAACACGUCAGACACUUCACGCUCAAACUUUUAAAGAUUUACACCCGUGACCCCCCCCCCCCCCCGGUGCCGAUGGCGCUCACCACUCUUGUUGCCAUUUUUUGUUUUUGCGUCCGCAGACAAGCUUCAUCAACAGGCCUGCUCUGGGAAGUUACCCGUCUGAAGACUUUGUAGACAGACUUGAGAAAAGUCUGCUGUCGGUGAGUACAGACAUGCUCGGUGAGUAGCGGUGGAGUGUUGACUAGGCCAACACACAACAUCCGGUGAGGUUGUGGGGGGUGGGUUUUAAAGGCCAAAAUUAACAUUGAAAUAAGCGCAACUUUUUCGUAGCGCGUGUAAAAAUAAUUGCCUCAACUUGAAGUGCGCCUAUUUUGUAAUGUAUUUAUCUCCCCCCUCCCCCCCCCCAGUGGCGCCACCCGGACUGCGUCACGUACAGACAGCUGGUUGCGGGACCUGCUCCAAUGAGAAUGGUCAGAAGGCGAUUUUCAUGGCGUACCAGGUCAGUAUCAACAAUCUGUGUGACAUGAAUGUUUGAUAUAUGUCAGUUAUAUGUGACCACAUCCAUUCGUUGAUAUGUUAACGUUUCAGUAGCUCUAUUCAUUCACCGCAUGUUCAUAUAUUUUUUUAUAAUAUAUUAUAUACACUAAUUUAAAUGUAAAAAAAAAAAAUGUAAGCUAUUUGAAGAUGUCUUAAAAUGCAGCUAGAAAGCCAAAUGGCGUAACAAAGGGGAUAUUGCCCCCUUGAGCUAGCGACCCACGAUAAGCCACUGAACCAAUCCCAUUUUGUUUUUGCUUUUUUGUUUGUUUUGGUAACCCGUUUGUUGUUGCUGCUGCUGCUAGUUUCAAAGGUUUCACGACAGAAGCUUGGAUCCAACAGGUGAACUAUUUUCUGCCGCUAAGAGACAUUGACGGGUUCCCGUUCCCACUGCCGUUCCCAAUACAGGCCUGCAAUGAUUUAUUCUUGUUACAAGAUGACAGCUGAAUGCAAGAAUUGUAUUAUUCUAGCGGUGGUUCUCAACUCACCAGCAAGGCAAUGAUGGUGCUCAAUCAUAAAAUAUUUUUGUAAACAUAUUUUCACUUGUUUGAUGCGCAGCCUUUGAGAAGUCAGCGCGCGAAAGCGUGUGUUUAAUGGAAAAAGAAAUAUGCAUUCAGAAUAAAUAUCUUACAUUUAGGAUUUAUAAGUUUUGGAGAGACACGAAAAUUAUUAACGAAUAAAAUUGAAUGUGGUUUUUUUUGGUGUUUUGUUUUUUUACAAAAUCAUUUAUAAUGACUUCGAUUUUGUGUUUUUAAGGCAAAAUCUUCUGCUAAGCGACGCACUCUCCGGUCAGGCCAUCGAGCAGAAACCUGGCACGGAGAUUCGUUGCCGAUGACACCAUAUCCUAUCAAAUGUUCAGCCCCCACCUCCCCCAACCAAAAAAACUGUUUAUCGAGGAGAAGAUGAAUGAAUUAUGAUGACAUCGAGUUCACUAAAUAAAAUUUCCGAUAACUGCGCUAGAUAAGAAUCAAUUUUUUAAAUUUUUUUUUAAAUUAUUUUUUUUAUUUUAUUAUUUAUAUAUUUUUUUUUCAUUAUUUUUUUUUUUAAGUAUUUAUAUUUUUUUAAGUUAUUUAUUUAUUUUUUUAUUAUUUAUAUUUUUUUAAAUUAUUUAUUUAAAAAAAAAAAUAUUUAUAUUUUUUUUAAAAUUGCACGUGCAGUAGGUGCGUAAAAUUUGCCUUUUGUUUUUGUCUCAAGCGGUGAAAUAAAUCUGCGGCGUAAAACUAGCAGGUGGAUCAUUCGAAUAUUGAUAGAGUUCAGGGGCGUGGGAAAAAAAAUGUGUGGUUGCGAGCCUUGGGGAAGGGGGCACCAAUUGGAAUGCUUAAAAAGUGCGUUACCUGUAUGCGUUACCUGUAUGCGUUACCUGUAUGCAUGUUUUGUCAAAUUUUCAGCCCCCUCGCCCCCCCCUUUUUUUUUCCCCCUCACCAUAACAUUUUACAAAGGAUUUUUAUUCAUCUUUCAAUCACGUCGGGGGGGGGGGGGGGGGGGUGGAUUUUUCUUUCCGAAAAAUGGGGGGGGGGGGGGUGGGGGGGGCAUUGUUCAUUCCGAAAAAAGGGGGGGGGGUUGGUUGUGUUCUAAACAAGUUGUAAAACCCCGCAUUAUAAAAGGGGAUUUCCCAUAGUUUCUAGAUAAACGUUGGAACAGAGUUCAAUAUAUUUUAAUUGCUUAAAAGGGCUUAAGCCAAAAGAUGGCCGACCUGAUAACCUUGCUAACGUUCUGAAUUAUUUCAGCGCAGGGUCAGAGGUCACAGGCCGCCAACAGAAGAAGAGAAGACUUCAAGUUUGAUGAACCAGCUGCCAGGGAGUCCCAAACUUUCAUUCCUGUCCUUCAAAAAUGGUUUUCAUGGCCGCUGCAUGGGUGAGUUGGAACACGCGGGCCCCGAGGUUGAGAGCCCCUGUUGAGGAGUUACGCUUUCACCUUUAUAAUUGAUUUUUGCGGCGUUAUACUUAAUGUCAGUGACAGGUGGACGAUGUCAUUUCAGUGCCAGGAAGAUGAUGUCAUGUCAGCGACAGGUAGAUGAAGUCAUGUCAUUGAAAGGUAGACGAGAUCAUGUCAGUGACAGGUAGACGAUGCCAUGUUGUUGUUUGGUUGACCCUUGACCCAUCAACAUCCCGAGUUCACUGACGCGUAUCCCUUGUGCCAACAGGUGCCCUGGCGAUGAGUCACGCCAAGUGGUUCCACAAACUGGACUUCCCCGUGCCCGACUGGCCAGUGGCGACUUUUCCCCGCCUCAAAUAUCCACUGGAUGAGUUCACCAGGGAGAACGAUCGGGAGGAGCAGACUUGUCUUGACGAGGUGAGGGUACACAGGUGUGUGGAUGUGUGUACUCGUCUUGACAAUGUACACAGGUGUGUGGAUGUGUGUACUCGUCUUGACAAUGUACACAUAUGUGUGUAUACGUGUACUCGUCUUGGCGAGGCAAGGUUACACAGGUAUGUGUGUAUGUGUACGUGUCUUGAAGAGGUGAGGUACACAGGUGUGUAUGUGAACUUUAUUGUUCUGCAACAAAUUUCUGUGUCUGUCGUGGUUUAGUUUUUUUUCCCCCUGGGCUGUCCAUGUUAUUGUUGCUGUCCAUGUUAUUGUUGCUGUCCAUGUUAUUGUUGCUGUCCAUCUUAUUGUUGCUGUCCAUGUUAUUGUUGCUGUCCAUGUUAUCGUUGCUGUCCAUCUUAUUGUUGCUGUCCAUGUUAUUGUUGCUGUCCAUGUUAUUGUUGCUGUCCAUGUUAUUGUUGCUGUCCAUCUUAUUGUUGCUGUCCAUGUUAUUGUUGCUGUCCAUCUUAUUGUUGCUGUCCAUGUUAUUGUUGCUGUCCAUGUUAUUGUUGCUGUCCAUGUUAUUGUUGCUGUCCAUCUUAUUGUUGCUGUCCAUCUUAUUGUUGCUGUCCAUGUUAUUGUUGCUGUCCAUGUUAUCGUUGCUGUCCAUCUUAUUGUUGCUGUCCAUCUUAUUGUUGCUGUCCAUGUUAUUGUUGCUGUCCAUUUUAUUGUUGCUGUCCAUCUUAUUGUUGCUGUCCAUGUUAUUGUUGCUGUCCAUGUUAUUGUUGCUGUCCAUCUUAUUGUUGCUGUCCAUGUUAUUGUUGCUGUCCAUGUUAUUGUUGCUGUCCAUGUUAUUGUUGCUGUCCAUGUUAUUGUUGCUGUCCAUGUUAUUGUUGCUGUCCAUCUUAUUGCUGUUGAUGUUAUUGAUGAUGUCCAUGUGAUUGUUCAUGUUAAUUUUAAUGCUUGAUGUCCUAACUUAUUGUUGUUGUCCAUCUUAGUGCUGCUGUCCUAACGUAUUGUUGGUGUCCAUCUUAGUGCUGCUGUCCUGGCCAAGCCACAUCCAAGCUACUUUCCGCCAUUGGCUUCUUUCAACUUUGUCAUUCCCGAUCAGAAUAAUACCUAACUUAUUCAUUCUUUAAAGGCCGCACUUAACCAUUGGAAGGGACAUAUGCAGCACUCUGUUCGGGAGACCGUUGAGUUAAAACUAUGUUUACAAAGCUAAAGCCACCAUUGUUACUCAACGUGUCAUUAAAGGUAUCACCAUAUUUGUGAUUCCCUUCAAGGUACGAGAUCUGAUCGCUAAGUACAAGAGGCGGGGAGAACCUGUGGCGGGAGUUUGUGUGGAGCCGAUACAGGCCGAGGGGGGAGAUAACCACGCAAGCGCCAGCUUCUUUCAAGGACUUCAAAACAUCUGCAAAGAGGUUGAUCAAAUUUUCGCUCAAAUUUUAUUAUCCUGGUUGGUUGGCAAUGAAUUCUGUUCGUGCUACGUUUCUUAUAUGCAAAAUUAUUGGAAUAGUUCACAGCUUUGUAUGAGAUGAAUUUUAGAAAAAUCUGUUGAUUGGUUGAUGGGACAGCCUAGCAUCCAAAGUGAAAAAUUAUGCAAUCAGUGCCUGGCUUCGCCGUUCUAAAGGGAUGAUUAACUUAAAGCGUGAAGCUGUGGGGGGGAAAAAAAAAGAACUAUAUAUUUUUAAAAAUAGGUUUGUGUCAGUAAGGUUUAUAAACAUUAAAUAAAUGUUUUUUGUGUUUUUUUUUUUAAAUGCCAUCACUUUUAAUUUUUGUGUGCGGGUUCUCCAUUGUUGUUGUAGUGUGUUGUCAUUCCAUUGUACAGCGUGUGGGGGCGUUUGCACACGUUCUUAGCUGAGCUGGAACGCUGGAGUCCAGUCUGUAUUAUUUUGAGUCCAGACUGUACAAAUAUUAGUCCAGUCAGAAUUAUUUUGAGUUCAGUCUGUACUAGUCUGAGUCCAGUCUGUAUUAUUUUGAGUCCAGUCUGUACUAGUCUGAGUCCAGUCUGUAUUAUUUUGAGUCCAGUCUGUACUAGUUGAGAGAGUCAAAUAUUAAAUCACUGAUACACAUAACAUGAAUGAUAAUUAUUCUUACUUAUUUCCCCCCCCCCCCCCCCAGAGUGGAGCUUAUCUGAUGCUAGACGAGGUACAGACCGGAUGUGGCGUCACGGGGAAAUUUUGGGCCCAUGAGCAUUUUAACUUGAGCCGCCCUGCAGACGUCGUCACGUUCUCUAAGAAAAUGUUGUCGGGUGGCUUUUACUUCACGGAGGAUCUCAAACCAACAGAGGUGGGCCGUCUUGACAAAUUAAUGUUACUAGCACUUAACAACCAUUUUGGAAUGAGCCUACCACCGUCAACAAGGUUGAUGGACCAUGGGGGUGAAUAGAACGUGGACGAAUUGAAAAUAGUAAAGAUGGGUGUUCUAUGAAAAAGUGUGUUUAAAUAUAUAUAUAUAUAAAUAACUAUGGAAUGGGACUUCUCAAAGUGAUCACGUGACUUAUAGAGUUCAAGUCCAUGUAUUCUUUCAACCCAAAUGAUUUCAAAUGUUGCCAUAAAACUAUCCAAUAAACACGUGAUAGGUUGAGCCAAUGAAAUGUUUCUUCAGAUCUGCCGUCUCUCCAACAGGGUUAUAGAAUCUACAGCACGUGGAUCGGCGACCCGUCUAAACUUGUUCUGCUGGAGGAGGUCAUCGAGGAGGUCAAACAGGAAAAACUCACCGACAACGCCGUUCAGGUGGGGACUGUACUGCUCAGUGGACUCAAGGAGCUGCAGGUGAGUGGUGUCUUUACAGGUGUGAUGAUGACAAAGUGAGUACCGAUGGCCACGCUAGCUUUGCCCGGACACAUAUAAGUAACAGUUUUGACAGGUGAGUUUUGUCUGGCCAGAUGAAUGUUCUCGGGAAAGGUGGGUGUUGUCUGGACAGGUAGGUGUUGUCUGGACAGGUGAUUUUUGUUUGGACAGGUGAGUUUUGUCUGGCCAGAUGAGUGUUCUCGGGAAAGGUGGGUGUUGUCUGGACAGGUAGGUGUUGUCUGGACAGGUGAUUUUUGUCUGGACAGGUGAGUUUUGUUUGGACAGGUGAGUUUUGUCUGGCCAGAUGAGUGUUCUCGGGAAAGGUGGGUGUUGUCUGGACAGGUAGGUGUUGUCUGGACAGGUGAGUGUUGUCUGGACAGGUGAGUUUUGUUUGGACAGGUGAGUUUUGUCUGGCCAGAUGAGUGUUCUCGGGAAAGGUGGGUGUUGUCUGGACAGAUUCGUGCUGUCUGGACAGGUGAGUGUUGUCUGGACAGGUGAGUGCUGUCUGGACAGGUGAGUGCUGUCUUGACAGGUGAGUGUUGUCUGGACAGGUCUUACAUCCUACCGUUGCAAUGGGUAGUAAACGUUGGGUUUAAUCCUUAAGAAGUAAACAAACAACUAGAAAUAUCAGGGACAAUUCAUGUCAUGUCAUUUUCUGUGGCCCAUAGGUCAACAUGUUGUCUAUGGCCCGCUGGUCAUCAUGUUUUCUGUGGUCUAUUGGUCAUCAUGUUUUCUGUGGUUCAUUGGUCAUUAUGUUCAACGUGUUUUAUGUGGCCCAUUAGUCAUCAUGUUUCCUGUGGCCCACUGGUCAAAAUGUUUAAAUGUUGGUAUUUAGGCUUAAACUUUGGACCAUAAAAAAGCCAAAAGCUAAAAAAGUUUAACCAACUUUUAUCCCAUUAGUCUACAGAAAUGAUUUCAUGCCAUCCACAGGACAUCUACCCUCAGCUGUUGAAGAAUGCUCGCGGCCUAGGGACAUUUUGUGCAGUGGACUUUCCUACAGCAGAUAUACGGGACAAAGUUGUCUCCAAACUUCGAAAUAAAGGUGCGUUGUGUGUCAAGAUUUGUUUGGCCAACAUUUGCUGUGUGGCUCAGGGUUAUUGUUUGGCCAACAUUUGCUGUGUGGCUCGGGGUUAAUGUUUGGCCAACAUUUGCAGUGUGGCUCAGGGUUACUGUUUGGCCAAUAUUGGUUGCGUGCAGGGGCGUAGGACGAAUGGAGGGGGGUCCAUCCAGGGUGGCACUUUUCUCUUUUCGGCCUAAUGCGUCGUCUUUUUUUCACGGAGGAAGUAGGCACAAAUCUUGGCCGGCCCCCGCGGCGUCCCCAACCCUAGCUACGCCACUGGUUGCGGGGCCUCGGUCUGUGGUAAGGCCAAAGGUCAUACAGUGUCACUAUUCAGAAGCCCAUUUGAGUCCUACAAUGGAUUGACUCUAGCUGUAUUUUCCUUCCCCAGGUGUCAACACUGGAGGCUGCGGUGUCUCCUCUCUACGUCUGAGGCCCAGUUUGGUGCUUCAAAAGCCUCACGCGGAGCUUUUCCUCAACGUCUUCAACUCUGUGUUGUCGGAGACCAGGUAGCACUAAAAGAAAACACAGACCUUGGAUAACAACAGGACUUUGGAUACCUUUUGUGUCUCUUAAGUAUGUGUGUUCAUAAAAGUUGGCUUCGAGGCAGUAUCUGACAUUGGAGAAUCGCCAAUCAAUGUUUAACAACCCUUUAGGAUUCUUGCCUGUAUCCUCAUGCGUUUGGGUGUUAAAUAUAACUCAUGUUUGCGUGUUAAAUAUUAACUCAUGUUUGUGUGUUAAAUAUUAACUCAUGUUUGUGUGUUUAAUAUUAACUCAUGUUUGAGUGUUAAAUAUUAACUCAUGUUUGCGUGUUAAAUAUUAACUCAUGUUUGUGUGUUAAAUAUUAACUCAUGUCUGCGUGUUAAAUAUUAACUCAUGUUUGGUGGUUAAAUAUUAACUCAUGUCUGCGUGUUAAAUAUUAACUCAUGUUUGGUGGUUAAAUAUUAA